UUCGUACACACGAGGGGAGGGGGAGGAAAGCGCGCGCAAGAGAGAGAGAGAGAGAGAGAGAUAGAGAGAGCGUCUAGGAGGAUUUCUCGGCGUGUCGGCUCGUCUUUUGCAGCUUAUUAUCUUUGUGCACACGGAUUUACACGCGCGGAAGGAGGAGUCGGGAGGAUUAGUAGGAUGCUGAGUAGCCUCCCUCCACGCCAGUCUUCUCCACGCUGCUUUCGAUGAGCUGAGAGCACCACCUGGUGGGAGGAACCUAUCAGCAGAAAAAGAAGAAGGAGGGCAGAAGGCCAGGGAAGGAUAGAAGGAACAAACUUUUUUGUUGUGGUUUCUUUCUUCUUUCGGGAAUGGCGGCGACGGAAGCAGACGCGGCGCCCGCGGUCCAAGAAGACGGGAAAACUGUAGAGAGCAAGCAGCCGGAAGUGGAGCAAGUGACCAAUAAGGCGAACUCAGAGAGCUCCAACAGCGAGGUGCCAGAUAAAGACAGCGUAGCAGUCAACAGUGAGGUUGUCCCCAACAAAGACACUGUCAAUAAUGACACCGAGGCAGAGCCAGUGACGGAGGCCAGCGGCGGCGAGGAGGCCGGAGAAUCCAGCGGCGAGGCGCAAGCCCCUCAGAGCUCGGAGAACGCAGAGCACAAGACUUCCUUCCUGGACUCCUUCUUGAACAAGAGUGGGUUGGGCAAGGUGAUGGCAUCCAGAAAAAAGAAGGAGCCCAGCGCUCCCGCAGGCGGUGGGGAGGAGAGUGCCGCAGAGGGGGCAGAGAAAGAGGGAGAGGAGGCGGCAGCGACAGUAGCUGAGGGAGGAGCAGAAGCAGGGUCCGAGGGGGAGGCGGUGGCCAACGGAGAGAAAGAAGAGGAGAAAAAGGAGGAGGAGAAGAAGGAAGAUGAGAAGAAAGGCAAAGUGUCUUCAGUAGGAGAGAUGAUCCGAAGGCCCGUGGCCAAGAUCUUCUCUCACCGCAGCACCGCUACUCCUGAACCUCCUAAACGCGCCAAGUCUUUGGAUCGCCUGGAGGAUCCCCAAGCACUCAACGCCUCCACAGAGGAGGGAGCAGUUGCAGGAGCGGUGGAAGGUGAGGCAGAACAAAAAGCCUCCUCCUCGGCUGGCUCCUCCAAGCACAUGAAGCGCUGGCACUCCUUCAAGAAGCUCAUGGCCCACAAAACACACAAGAGGAGCAGCGCUGAGGAGGCCGGGGAAGGAGCAGAAGGAGGCGGCGACUCCUCCACGUUGGACUCCAAGGAGUCUGGCCAAAAGAGGUGGAAGCUCAAACGCUCCUGGACCUUCCAGGGAAUAAAGAGGGACACCUCCAUGGUCGGCAUUAGUGCCAAGACUAGGGGCUCCGACAAGCCGGAUGAGACGCUGGACGCUGAAGAGCCCAAGGCAGAUGAGCCCGAGGCCGAGGGGGCGGUUGAAGGGGCGGCCGAGGAGGCCAAAGUCGACGGCGGUGAAGAAAAGGUGGAGGGAAGCGAGGAGGAGAAGGCGGUGGGAGGAGCGGCGGUGACGCACCACGCCAACGAGAUUUGGACCUCCUUCAAGAAGCGUGUCAUCCCCAAGUCCAAGCGUGCCAACACAGAGUGCCCCCCCAGCGGGGAAGACGAUGCUACUGCUGCCGCCGCCUCAGGCGAGGACGGAGCAGCAGACGAGGGCAAAGACGGAAAGUCAGCCAAGGCCAAGCGGUCCCACUUCGGCCGGGCCGUGUCCCUCAAGAACUUCAUCCUGAGAAAAGGCAAGUCCACCAGCAUGGACAUGGGUGAAGGCGCCAAGGAAGAGGAAGAGGAGGCCACAGAGGGUGGGGUCGCAGCCGCCACCGAGGAGCCCACCGAAGAGUCCACUGAGGAGACCAUCGACAAAGACCAGAAGGGCGGCGGCGAGCAGGAGGUAGAAAAAGGCGCGGAGCAGACGCCGAGCGAAGCUCCCGUCGCCAACGGUGAAAACGGCUGCUCCAACGGCUCGGCAGAGGAGAACGGCACACAGCAUGAGGAGGAGGAGGAGCAGGAGAAGCACAGCCCCCUGAAGAAGACCAAGGAAGUGGGAGGGGCCAAGGAGGAGGCCAACUCCAAGGUCAUCAACGCCACGGCACCCGUCAACAGCGACAAAAAGGCGGGAAACGUGUGAGGCCACAAAGAGGAUUAGAACUGCCCAGGAUUCGCUGAGCAAGGAGCUCUGAGACCCCCCUCCCCAACCCUCUUCCAAAUCCUCCACCCUAACCACUCCCAAAGCCCCCCCUCGCCCCACACCACCACCACCACCACACCAGCACCACCACCUCCCUGCUUCCACACCCCCCCCCUCCCAAAUAAAGGAGUAAUCACGUGUUAACAACUCGCCAUGGUGAUGUGGAGCAGGCGGCGAGAGUUCAUGUGGAAAAAAUAAAUAGAAAAUAAACUCAAAAAGCAAUAAUUCACCCCCCCCACACCACCAUCAUUGGAACACACGCGCGCACACACACACACACACACACACACACACACACACACACACACACACACACACACACACACACACACACACACACACACACACACAACCUGUUUUCUCUGCUUGUUUGUGGGACAUUUUUCUUUGUCAAAGAAAGAAGAGAACAAUGAAAUGUAUACUUUAAAAAAGAUAACAUUCCCCCCACCCGUCUGUUCAUACCGAGCCCUGAUUGGUGGAUUUAAAUAACAAAAAAACAAGAAGAAGAAAAAAAAGACUGUUAGUUUUAUAUUGACAGCCAUUUUGCUUUGUAGUGCCCCCCCUCACCCUCAGCCCCUCCGUCCAAGUAGAUAUGCGGGUCGAACAGGACUCCAGUAAAUAGACUUCUCCAGUAUAUAGACCGCCCCCAAAAACUGCACCUCCCCAGCAACACUGCAAUGUCUCCAGCUGUGUUCAAUGUUUUAGACUGUUGUGUGGUGGACAAAACUCUGAUUGGUUUUCUUGUCUUAUUUUGUAAGAGCACAUCCUGUCACUGUCAUUAAACACGCUCAUCGCCAUGACGACGACAACGAUGAUGAUGAUGAUGAUGUUUUGUUGGUCCAGUUUUCAUGUCUGCUAGCAAAUUGUCAAAGAAAAACAAACAAUAGUACAAUAAAGACUAAAAUUUAACAACUAAA